ACCAUGGCUACUUCCAAGUGCCCCGGGGAGGAGGAGACCACCAUCCUCAUGGCCAAAGAAGAGCUGGAAGCCCUGCGCACCGCCUUCGAGUCCGGCGACAUCCCCCAGGCCGCCUCCCGCCUCCGGGAGCUGCUGGCCUCCUCGGAGAGCACCGGCCUGGAGGUGGGGGUCACAGGCGAGUCGGGCGCUGGCAAGUCGUCCCUCAUCAACGCCCUCCGUGGCCUGGGGGCUGAGGACCCCGGAGCAGCGCUCACGGGCGUCGUGGAGACCACGAUGCAACCCUCAUCCUACCCGCACCCGCAGUUUCCCGACGUGACCCUGGCCCGCCUGGCCUCCGAGAUCCUGCGCCAGGGCAAGAAGUUCUACUUCGUGCGCACCAAGGUGGACGAGGACCUGGCGGCCACCCGCAGCCAGCGGCCCUCGGGCUUCAGCGAGUCCAUGGUCCUCCAGGAGAUCCGCGACCACUGCACCGAGCGGCUGCGCGCCGCGGGGGUGAGCGACCCCCGCAUCUUCCUCGUGUCCAACCUCUGGCCGGUCCGCUACGACUUCCCGCUGCUCCUGUCCACCUGGGAGCACGACCUGCCCGCCCACCGGCGCCACGCCGGCCUGCUAUCGCUGCCCGACAUCUCGCUGGAGGCCCUGCAGAGGAAGAAGGACAUGCUCCAGGAGCAGGUGCUCAAGACGGCCCUGGUGUCGGGGGUCAUCCAGGCCCUGCCCGUGCCGGGGCUGGCAGCCGCCUACGACGACGCCCUGCUCAUCCGCUCGCUGCGUGGCUACCACCGCAGCUUUGGCCUGGACGAAGACUCCGGGACGCUGGUGGCCGGCGGCAUCAGUUUCGGCACCGUCUACACCAUGCUCCAGGGCUGCCUCAACGAGAUGGCCGAGGACGCCCAGCGGGUGCGCAUCAAGGCCCUGGAGGAGGAGGAGGAGUCCCAGCCCGAGGUCAGCUUGGACGCGGCCGGCGACAAUGUCGUGGAGAAGUGCGGGGUCGGGGAGGGAGGAGGCGAGGAAGCCCCGCUGUCCACCCGCCGGAAGCUGGGCCUCCUCCUCAAGUACAUUCUGGACAGCUGGAAGAAGCGUGACUUGGAGGACAAGUGAACGUGCAGCCCCUGACCCCCCGCCUCGCCCACAAACCCAACCUUAACAAAGCCAACCACCCAAACGCA